CUAAUUUGCUUGUGUGAGUGAUGUCUCCGCCAUUGAAAACCAUUUUAGCCGAGAAUUGAAAUAGGUUGUACCUUUCAUAAUCGGCAAAAAUCUUAAACAUCUCUCUUCUUUUACCUAUUCUAUUCAACCAUAUUUCGUACACAUACAAUAUAUCCGAUGGCAGACAGAGACACAGAUGAGUUAAACAUCGAUAACGUAAUAAAAAAAUUACUAAAAGUACGAGGUGAGAAGCCUGGUAUGAAUGUUCAGUUGACGGAAAUAGAAAUUAAAGGGCUAUGUUUGAAAUCAAGAGAAAUAUUCUUGUCACAGCCUAUACUACUUGAACUUGAAGCUCCUUUGAAAAUUUGCGGUGACAUACAUGGACAAUACUAUGACCUCUUAAGGUUGUUUGAGUAUGGUGGCUUCCCUCCGGAGUCCAACUAUCUCUUCCUCGGAGACUAUGUGGACCGUGGCAAGCAGUCGUUGGAAACAAUAUGCCUGCUCCUCGCCUACAAGAUUAAAUAUCCCGAGAAUUUCUUUCUUUUACGCGGAAACCACGAGUGUGCCAGCAUCAAUAGGAUUUAUGGGUUUUACGAUGAGUGCAAAAGGAGGUAUAACAUUAAACUAUGGAAGACGUUCACAGACUGCUUCAACUGUCUUCCCGUUGCGGCGAUAGUUGACGAGAAAAUCUUCUGUUGUCACGGCGGUCUGUCGCCGGACCUGCAAGCUAUGGAACAGAUCCGGCGGAUCAUGAGGCCGACGGACGUUCCCGACCAGGGUUUGCUCUGCGACUUGCUCUGGUCCGACCCCGACAAGGACACGGCCGGUUGGGGCGAGAACGAUCGCGGAGUCAGCUUCACUUUUGGAACCGAAGUCGUGGGCAAGUUCUUGUCCAAACACGAGUUCGACUUGAUCUGUCGCGCGCACCAGGUCGUCGAGGAUGGAUACGAGUUCUUUGCGAAGAGGCAACUCGUCACACUCUUCUCGGCACCAAACUACUGCGGGGAGUUUGAUAAUGCAGGCGCCCUGAUGUCCGUGGACGAGACGCUGAUGUGCUCGUUCCAGAUCCUGAAGCCGGCCGACAAGCGCAAGCUGUACUCGGGCCUCAACAUGGGCCGCCCCAACACGCCGCCGCGCGCACAGCCCAAGAACAAGAAGAAUUAAUGGCCCCACACGCGCGCCGUCCGCCGACACACGCAUGGACACCCCUCCCUCACCGCUGUACACUUAAAAUACCUUGAACGGGUUGAUGUUUUAGUGAAUCUUUGUUUCCUUAAUUGAAUGCAUGAGCGUUAAAGUCUGACAACCCAGCAACCUCCCAUAAAGACGGGCAGUUGGCCUAAAGGUCCUAGAUACCAGGCCAUAAACUCGAAAAAAAAA